UUCUAAUCUAUUUUUUUACUUUUUUUCCUCUACCACUUCCUUAUCAAUUUCAUAACUGCAGUCAAAACGAAAAAUAUCAAAUUAAUUUCAUUUUAAAUUAAUAAAAAAUAAUGUUGAGACAUCUAACCAAAUCUCCCGUGAGAGUGCAUUCAGCCUGCACUUUAGCUAAACGUAAUACUAACACAAAUGCUGCUCCAGCUGCAGCCUCUACCAAUAAAAUCGAAGAAAUAAGAGAACGUUUAGCUAAGGGUCCUAGUUUCCAAGAUUUUGUACAAAAUCCUGAAAAUACCAAAGAAGAAUGGCAAGAAUUUGAGGGUAAAUUGCGUAGAGAAAAGGGAGAAAAUGAAAGAUUAAGAUUGCCUCCUUGGCUUAAGACCACCAUACCUAUGGGCAAAAAUUAUGCCAAAAUUAAAACACAAUUACGUGAGCUAAAAUUGGCCACCGUUUGUGAGGAGGCUAGAUGUCCCAACAUAGGAGAAUGUUGGGGUGGUGGUGAACAUGGUACACAAACAGCUACUAUUAUGUUAAUGGGGGAUACUUGUACGCGUGGUUGUCGUUUUUGUUCUGUCAAGACCGCCAGAAUACCACCACCUUUAGAUCCUAAUGAGCCAGUGAAUACAGCUAAGGCUAUAGCUUCUUGGGGUUUGGAUUAUAUUGUUUUAACUUCAGUCGAUAGAGAUGAUUUACCCGAUGGUGGUUCAAAACAUAUUGCUGAAACUGUCAAGGAAAUAAAAAAGCGCAAUCCCAAUAUCUUUGUCGAAUGUUUGGUGCCUGAUUUCCGUGGCGAUUUAGAAUGUGUUAAAACUAUAGCCACCUCCGGCCUAGAUGUCUAUGCCCACAAUAUUGAAACGGUAGAGAAGUUAACCCCCUUCGUAAGGGACAGACGUGCCCAUUACCGACAAACCCUUAAAGUACUCAAAGAAGCCAAAAGUUUUAAUCCUAAAAUAAUAACUAAAUCUUCUAUAAUGUUGGGUUUGGGUGAAACAGAUGCUGAAGUCGAACAGACAAUGCAAGAUUUAAGAGAUGCUGAUGUGGAAUGCUUAACUUUGGGACAAUAUAUGCAACCUACCAAGAAACAUUUGAAAGUAAUCGAAUAUGUUACCCCAGAAAAAUUCAAACAUUGGGAGGAAAGAGGUAAUGAAAUGGGGUUCCUUUAUACCGCCAGUGGUCCUUUGGUGAGAAGUUCAUACAAAGCUGGUGAAUUCUUAAUAACAAGUAUAUUGAAAAAUCGCAAGGCCAGAGAAGAAGAAGAAUUGAAGAAAACUCAACAAUAAUAGAUCGAAAAUAUAAUAGAUUUAGAAUAAUUUAAAAAU